AGGGCAAAACUUGCGAAGAAUCUUAGCUAGUACAAAGAGCUGAUAGCAGGUUUUGCUGGAACUGGGUGUAGACUAAAAAGGAGGUUUCUGGAAGACACAACUACUGAUAGAGGUUCAGAUGGCUGGGAUGACCCUCGGAAAGGCCUGGCAGCAGUUGUCCUGGCUCUAUUACCAGUAUCUGAUACUCACCUCGAUCUGUAUUCUGGAACCCUGGGAGAGGACCGUCUUCCAUUCCAUGUUGGUUUCCAUUGUUGGAAUGGCAUUAUACAUUGGAUAUAUCUUCAUGCCUCAACAUGUCAUAGCAAUAUUAUACUACUUUGAAAUUGUACAAUGGCCACAAUGUACUCAAGAAGAAAGACCAGAGAUCCAUUGAAGGGAAGAAGCAACUUUCCAUGAUGUAAUUAGACUUUCACAAAUUUCAAACAUACAUUAUAACUAUAAUGACUAAAUUCCAUAUUAAUAGAACUAGGAAGCAAUCCCAGUAUUCAUUAUUCAGGUUUUCUCCUCUAUGUAUAUUUGUCUAUUUUAACAUUGUGGUUUUGGUGUGGCACCAAAUUGUCCUCCAAAUAAAUAAUUCAUUAAACUAUAAUUCAAGGAGCUUUACAAACUUAAUAAAACAAUAUUUUGCAUUUUA